AUGGUGGAUCCACAGCUUACAAUAAACAAAUAUGUGGUCCGAGUGUUUACAGGCGAUGUGAAUGGCAGUGGAACAGAUGCUGAUGUUUUCAUUAACAUUUUUGGACAGAAUGGAGAUACAGGAGAGCGCAGGUUGGACAACGACAAGGACAAUUUUGAGAAAGGGGCAGAAGACAAGUUCACCCUUGAUGCCCCCAAUCUGGGAAGACUCAGGAAAAUCACCAUCGGGCAUAAUAACAAGGGAAGCUCGGCUGGAUGGUUCCUUGCUAAGGUUAUCAUUGAAGACAUUGGCAACAAGUCAGUGUAUGAAUUCCCAUGCAACCGUUGGUUUGCGCUGGAUGAAGAUGACGGCAAAAUCCAGCGAGACAUUCUUGUGGGAGGAACAGAGGCAACUGGUAUUGUUUACAAUGUGGCAGUGGUCACUGGCGACGUCAGAGGAGCAGGCACCAAUUCCAAGAUCCAUAUUGUCAUGCAUGGCUCCAAAGGGCUAAAAAACAGUGGGAAGAUUUUUCUGGAAGGUGGGAAGUUCGAACGGAGCAGGACCGACCUUUUUAAUAUUGAGAUUGCUGCUCUCCUUAGCCCCUUAAGCCGCGUCUCCAUUGGGCAUGAUAAUGCUGGCAUCAGCUGUGGCUGGUAUUGUGAGAAGGUGGUGGUGUAUUGCCCAUUUACUGGUAUCGAACAGACAUUCCCUUGUGGGAAGUGGUUGGAUGAGAAUGAAGCUGAAGGUCUGGUGGAACGGGAACUCUACGAAAUGGUCUCACUGCGCCAGAAAAGACUGAAAAAAAAUCCUUGGUCGCUGUGGAUAUGGACAAGUGACAUUAAAGGUGCAGGAACAGAUGCUCCCAUCUUCCUCCAGGUUUAUGGUGACAAAGGAAAAUCUGAUGAAAUGAAAUUAGAUAAUAACUCAGAUAACUUUGAAGCUGGACAAACUGACAAAUUCAUGAUUGAGCUCCCGGAUCUGGGUACCUUAUUCAAAGUUCGGAUAUGGCAUGAGAAGCGCAGUCCUUUCUCUGGGUGGCAUCUCAACAAGGUCACUCUUUUGAAAACUCUGACAAAGGAGAAGUACACAUUCAGCUGUAGCCGCUGGCUAGAUAUCAACGAGGAUGACAAUGAGAUUGUACGGGAGCUGGCAGCAGAAGGACCUUUGGUGGCUGAAGUAAUCCCAGUGAUCAAGUACCGAGUGACUGUGUGUACCGGGACAGUGAGUGGAAGCGGGACUGAUGCCAAUGUUUUUGUUUGUCUCAUCGGGCAGCAUGGAGACACAGGGGACCGGGUGCUCCAGAACAGUGUGAACACUGUUAAUAAGUUUGAGAAAGGCAGUGCUGAUGAAUUCAUCAUUGAAGCAGUCCACCUGAAGCAGGUGAGCAGGGUGAGAAUAGGGCAUGACGGCAAAGGAGGAAGCAGUGGCUGGUACCUUGCCAAAGUGAUAGUGAGGGAAGAUGGACAACCAGAAAGUGAAGCUCAAGAAUUCCCAUGCUACAGAUGGCUUGACAAAAAUGAGGAUGAUGGCCAGAUUAUUCGAGAGUUGGUUCCAGAUGGGAGAUCGUCUAUCCUGGAAAAUAUCAGUUAUCACAUCAGUAUAAAGACAGGAGAUGUUCCAGGAGCCAGCUCAGAUUCAAAGGUUUUGAUCAAGCUGUAUGGCGAAAAAGCAGACACCAAAAAGGAAUUCCUCCUGGUUUCUGAUAAUGACUUAGGCAAUUACUUUGAACGUAGCCGGAUAGACAUCUUUACUCUUGAUACAAUGGACAUUGGGAAGAUCCAUCGGAUUCUAAUCGGGCAUGACAAUGUGGGCCUCCAUGCAGGCUGGCACCUUGGUGGUGUUCAGAUUACCAUCCCUAUCCACGGCAAGCUGUACAACUUCCCAUGCAACCGAUGGCUUGACAAAAAUGAAGCUGACGGAAAGGUAGAGAUUGAGGUCUACCCCAGCGAAAUCAUGGAGAUUGAGAAAUUGAUCAAUUAUGAGGUCUGCAUUGUUACUGGUGAUGUGCGGAACGCAGGCACCAAUGCCAAUGUCUUCAUCCAGUUUUAUGGUGAGCUGGGUAAAACGGAGGUACUGAUUUUGAAGAACAGGUCCAACAACUAUGAGCGGGGAGCCACAGAAAAAUUCAAGAUAGAAGCUGUUGAAGUUGGCAGAAUCUAUAAGAUCCGAAUUGGCCAUGAUGGGACAGGCUUGGGAGAUGGAUGGUUCUUGGAAAAAAUCAUCAUUAAGAAAAUGGUGACAAAGACAAAGGAGACAGAAAAGAAGAAUAGAAAGAAGAAAAAGAAAUCCACAGAAGAGGAAGAAGAAGAGGAGACAAAGGAGACAGAUACUAUGGAGAUUUAUCAUUUUGCACCCCAUCGUUGGCUGGCGAGUGAUGAAGAAGAUAAGGAGUUGGUUGUGGAGCUGACCCCAGAAGAUGGAUCUGAACUUGAAGGUGAAUGGGGAUCAUCUUACCCUUGGAGCUUCCAUAUGUACUCACCACCAAAAUUUGGCAUGAAAACUGUGAUUUUUGCAAACAUCUACGAAGUCCAUGUUAUAACUGGGAUGAUAUGGGGAGCUGGUACUGAUGCAAAUGUUUACUUGAGCAUCUAUGGUGAAAGAGGAGACAGUGGUGAGCGUCAUCUGAAGCACUCAAAUAAUCUGAACAAGUUUGAAAAGGAUCAGGUGGAUAUAUUCACUGUCAGAGCUAUUGACUUGGGAGAGCUCAAGAAAGUAAGAAUUCGGCAUGAUGACUCUGGAAGCAACCCAGCUUGGUUCCUGGAGAGAAUUGACAUCAUUGACACCAAAGAGGAAACCACUUAUUAUUUCCCCUGCCAGAGAUGGUUGGCAGUGGAAGAAGAUGAUGGUCAGAUUGCCAGGGAGCUGGUCCCAGUGGCCGAAGCAUUUGUGAUGAAGGAUUCGGAUAACACAGGCUCUGUUGCAACACUCGGCCUGGAACAGAAAGCUAAUUCAACUACAUUCUCAGUGAGAGUGAAAACUGGAGACAAGAAAAAUGCCGGGACAGACUCCAAUGUCUUUAUCAUUCUUUAUGGAUCCAAAGAUGACACAGGAACAAUCUACUUGAAGGCCUCCAAGACUAACCGGAACAAAUUUGAACGAGGAAAAGUCGAUGUCUUUACAGUGGAAUGUGUGGACCUUGGAGAUGUGAAGAAAAUAAAGAUUGGCCAUGAUAAUACAGGUAAUUCUGAAGGAUGGUUCUUAGAAUGGGUAGAAGUGGAUGCUCCUUGCCUAGGACUGUGCCUGAAGCUUCCUUGUGGCCGUUGGCUGGAUAAAUCUGAAGAUGAUGGAGCAAUUGAAAGAGUCCUGUUUCCUGCAGAACUGCAAACAAGGACUUAUGUCCCAUUUGUUCCCUAUGAAGUUACUGUUUAUACAAGUGACCUUUUUGGAGCGGGUACUGAUGCAGACGUCUUUCUCGUUUUGUAUGGGGCUGAUGGUGUUUGCACACAACAGAAAUCCUUGUGCCAGAACAAGAGGGAACAAAGGAUGUUCUUCAAGAGGAAUUCUGUAAAUCAGUUCAUUGUUGAGCUAGAAGAUGUUGGAGACAUUCUUGAAAAGAUCCGCAUUGGGCACGAUGGCUCAGGUAUCAAUUCAGGUUGGCACCUUGAUCAAGUAGACAUACGUAGGCUUUUACCAAAUGGAAAGGGUUCUGAGAAAACCACAUUUCCAUGUGGGAAAUGGCUGGCAAAAUCUGAAGAUGAUGGUGAAAUUAUGAGGGAGCUGGUUCCAUCCAGAGUCUUUACCGAAAAGCUAAUGAGAGAUGGCACUCUUAAGCAGAUUGAUGAAGAAAUUGAUGACUCACUGGAAAUCUAUUUGUACAAGGUUUCUGUUUUCACGGGUGAUAUUUAUGGUGCUGGAACAGAUGCAAAUGUAUUCCUGACCAUCUACGGAGACUUAGGUGAUACUGGGGAGAGGAAACUGAGGAAGUCUGAAACAAAUACUAACAAGUUUGAAAGAGGACAGGAAGACAUAUUCACAAUUGAAGCUGUGGACCUUGGAACCAUCUACAAGAUCAAGAUCCGCCAUGAUAACACUCUGCCAAGGCCAGAUUGGUAUUUGGAGAAAGUUGAGAUCCUGAAUGAUGCCACUGACAGCUUGUACAUUUUUCAGUGUGAACGCUGGCUGUCAAGAAAAAAGGAGGAUCUAAACAUUGAACGGAUCCUUUGGGAAAAAAACUAUGAUCCUGGCUGUGUGAGCAUUGGAGACACAUCCCUGAAUCGGGACAGCAAUGCCAAUGAAAAGGAUAAGAAGACCAGCAGUUCUGCUCCAGAAGGGUCACUCAUUCCUUACCACAUUGUCCUCACUACUGGGAAAGAAUUUGACUCAAGCACCAACAGUCGAGUUUUCAUCAUUAUCGAAGGUCCUCAGAAACACUCUACGGGCCAUAUGUGGCUGGAUCUCUCAGAAGGAAAGACCCAAUUUGCAGAUGGUUCUGUGGAGAAAUUCUCUGUGAUGGGAAUAGACGUUGGCGAGGUCAAAAGUGUGGAGAUUCUCUAUGAAGUGACUGUGGAGACUGGGGAUUUCUCACAGGCUGGAACUGACACUGGCAUUUUUUUCACACUCUAUGGAUCCAAUGGAUGUUCAGAAGAGAUACAGCUGGAAAAAAGUGGAAACAGAUUUGAAAUUGGCCAAAAGGAUACUUUUAUCAUGGAAAUUCCAGAUAUUGCACCACUCAAGAAGAUGCGCAUAAGGACAGAUGGGACUGGCUGCCGGCCUGAUUGGUUUCUGGAACAGGUCAUAAUGAAGAAUUUGACCACUCAAGAGGUCACCACGUUUACCUACAGCGACUGGCUCUCCAAGCAAUGGGGGGACAAUCUAACACUAGAGUGUGAGAUUGCAGCAAUGAUCGACAAUGAGCUGAUGAUGGAAUACACAACAUAUAUUAUUCAGGUGAAGACCAGCGAUAUUGGAGGUGCUGGAACAGAUGCUGAUGUAUUCAUGAUUAUUUGGGGGGAGAAUGGGGACACUGGGACUUUGGCUUUGAAGGAAUCAAACAAGUCCAACAAGUUUGAAAGGAACCAGUUGGAUGUCUUCUAUUUUUCUGACAUCUUCAGUCUUGGCGAUCUCUGCAAAGUGCGCAUCUGGCAUGACAACAAAGGAAUUGGACCAGGCUGGCAUCUGGAAUACAUCGACAUUGAGGACUCUGUUAUGGACAAGGUCUUCCGUUUUCAGUGCGACCGCUGGCUUGCAAAGGACGAAGAGGAUGGGCAGCUUAUACGAGAACUGGCUUGUGCCAAUAAUGACAUUCUGGAACUGAAAGAACGUACCUCUUAUGAGAUUCUCACAAUCACCAGCAAUAAGGAGGAUGCAGAGACCAAGGAAAAUAUAUCAAUUAUUUUUGAAGGGAAGCGAGGGCGCUCCAAAGAGUUCCUUCUGGAGAACUCCUCCAGAAAAAGAAGAUUUUUAAGAGGAGCAACAGAUGUAUUCCAGUUUUCUUCAAAGAACGUUGAUGAUAUCGCAGCCAUCUGUGUUGGUCACUGUCCAAAAGAUGGGAAGAAAUUGAGCGCAAAACCAGAAGUGUAUUGGCAUGUUCAGGAAAUUGUCAUUACGGAGAUGGAACUUGGCAACAAGUACUUUUUCAAAUGCCAUGCAAAAAUCCCACUCCGCACCAAGCGGGGGGACCACAAGGUCUUUGAGUGUGCCAAGGUGACGGAAAGCUUCGCCAGCAAAGCUCGGAGUUUGGUCCCUGUCAAAUAUGAAGUGAUUGUCGUGACAGGCUCCGCAAAAGGAUCGGGUACAGAUGCCAACGUCCUCAUUACCAUAUUUGGAGCGAACGGGGAUUCGGGCAAGCGGCCUCUUAAACAGAAAUUCCGCAAUCUCUUUGAACGGGGCAGCACCGAUCGGUUUUACCUGGAAGUUCUUGAACUUGGAGAGCUGAAGAAAGUUCGGAUUGAGCACGACAGCCGCGGGCUGUCUCCUGGGUGGCUGGUGGAGCGAAUUGAGAUCACCAACUCGGCUACAGGCAUAACCACCAAUUUCCCCUGUGGGAAGUGGCUGGAUAAGAAUAAAGGUGACAAGUUAACAUGGAGAGAAUUGUUCCCGAAAAGUUAA